AUGCAGCUUUUUGUGCGUACUAACAAGGGGUUUUGUGUUUUCACAGGUUAUGGUUUUGUAGAUUUUGACAGUCCUGCAGCUGCACAGAAAGCGGUAGCGUCUCUCAAGGCAAAUGGCGUGCAGGCACAGAUGGCCAAGCAACAAGAACAAGAUCCAACAAACCUAUACAUCUCAAAUCUCCCCAUUUCUAUGGAUGAGCAGGAACUUGAGAAUAUGCUGAAACCCUUUGGACAUGUCAUUUCGACAAGAAUACUCAGAGACGCAAAUGGAGUCAGCAGAGGUGUUGGCUUUGCCAGAAUGGAGUCUACUGAAAAAUGUGAAGUGGUAAUUCAACAUUUUAAUGGAAAAUACCUGAAAACACCACCAGGCAUCCCAGCACCCAGUGAGCCUUUACUGUGCAAAUUCGCUGAUGGAGGACAAAAGAAGCGACAGAAUCAAAGCAAAUAUACCCAGAAUGGAAGGCCUUGGCCCAGGGAAGGAGAGGCUGGCAUGGCUCUGACCUAUGACCCCACAGCUGCCAUACAGAAUGGAUUUUAUUCUUCACCGUACAGUAUUGCAACCAACCGCAUGAUUCCACAGACAUCUAUCACGCCAUUCAUUGCUGCUUCCCCUGUCUCCACAUACCAGGUCCAGAGUACUUCAUGGAUGCCUCAUCCGCCAUACGUUAUGCAACCAACAGGUGCUGUGAUUACACCAACGAUGGACCAUCCUAUGUCAAUGCAGCCAGCCAACAUGAUGGGUCCCCUGACACAGCAGAUGAAUCACCUUUCGUUGGGCACAACAGGAACGAUUCAAUCCCAAGACAGGAUUAUGAUACUUCACCAGCUGUUGUGUCAGUAUAUGACUGCUGCCGCUCCUAUGCAAGGGACCUACAUUCCCCAGUACACGCCUGUGCCUCCAACAGCUGUUUCUAUUGAAGGUGUUGUUGCUGAUACUUCUCCCCAGACAGUGGCUCCUUCAUCCCAGGACACCAGUGGUCAGCAACAACAAAUAGCUGUGGACACAUCCAAUGAACAUGCACCUGCAUAUUCCUACCAACAGUCUAAACCAUAAACAGGACUGAAGACUGUCCGUCUGAAAUUUUGCCUUGAAUGAAGAAACUUCAUUGAACAAGAAGUUGGCUUCCAGUUUGCACAGGCGUCAAUGGAAUGCUUUUUUUUUUUAAUUUUAUACUUUACCCAAUGAAAACAAAGUUUUUAUGUGCUGUGCAAA